AUGAUGGCGACAGUCGAAAAGAAGCUGGCGAUCACCCAGUCGUCCCCCUGCUGCGUCCACGCCGAGGAGGCUAGCAGGUCACUUCCGCUAGCAGAAGACAAAAACAACUCGUGCGAUUAUGGUGACGAGGCGUGCGGCCGACAACAGCCCAAAGGUCAGCUGACGGACAGAUGGACCUUCUGGCAUUUCAAACACUUCUCUGCGGAUACCUGGAAUUCAGACAAGGACUGGCUUUUCUGCAAGGAGAUCGCUCCGGUACACACCAUGAGGGACUUCAUCACGGAAUUUAUGAAGCCGUCUUGGGAACUAGAGCCCGGGGUGGUCAGCGGACGUUGGAUUUACGUAAUCGAUACGCGGCAGAGUAAAAAAGACUUGGACCAGUGCUGGUUGCAGACGCUGAUGGCGAUGAUUAAUGAUCGCUUUGGGGAUUACGCGCAGUACAUUUGCGGCUGCACACUCCAUGUUCGACCCGUUGAUGCCAAGCUGUCGCUGUGGAUGGAACACGCAGAGAAAAAUGCCAUCAAAGAAUCAGGUAUCCUGUUCAAAGAGCUGCUUGGCAUCCGUGAUAUCAUCAAAUACGAAGAAUGCACAUGUCAGCCGGACGUCAUCGCUGGCCAACAGCCAUUUGCACUUUGUGUAUAG